AUGUCUUUUUCUGCCAAGCCACAUGUUCCUGUCCAUGAGUUGAACGGACACGCCACGGCAAAAAAUAGUUGGACUGGCCUGAACGGAACGGUUUUGGGUUUCUCAAAUUAUGCCGCUCAGCAACCGGGCGGCGGAGAGGUCAUCGUCCAACACCUAGGGAAGGACGGGAGUGACGUAUAUAAUAAAAUUCACAGUCCAGCGCUUGUGCAGCGACGUUUUGGGAAGCAGAGAAGAAUAGGGAAACUCAAGACAAGCGACUCCCCCAUGACGGCGACGAACCAGACAAACAAGGAGGGUUCGAACAAGCAGCAGCAUAACUCGCUGUCUCCGCUCAAGUCCAUCACCAGUCUCAACCAGUUCGAAGCAGCCGCAUCGCCAGCACUCACGAGAUAUGCCCUUUUGUAUCUUUCGGGCGCCACCGAAGAUGGAAUUACAGAGCGAGCGAACCGAAACGUGUACAAUCGGGUUUUAUUCCGUCGGACUUGCCCGUGA